UGUUAGUGACCAGUGGCAAUGGCUCACCUGGAGCCGGACUCUCCUUGUAAACAAUAGCCCUGGGCAGCCUCCAGCCACGCAGCACUCCCAUGCUUGGCUCCGUGUCGCCUGACCGGGCACCCUCGCCGCUCUGCAGAUGCCUUUCUCAGGGGAAGAGAGGAGCCUUCAGGGGGUCUACAAGUCAACGGUUCAGCAGCAGGAUGGGCAAGCCCUGGCAGCUGGGGAGGUGUCUGUGUGCGCCGAGUGCUACACUAACCAGACCUUCGUCUUCGAUGAUGGCAGCUCCCACAGGCUCUCGUCGCCGGGGGGCUGCGGCGGCAGCAGAAGCGGGGUCAUCCUGGACAUCGCCUCCCUGAAGAUGAACGAGCUGGAGUCCGAGGUGCUGCCCCUGCCGCCCCGCUACCGGUUCCGGGACCUGCUGCUGGGGGACCAGGCCUUCCAGAACGACGACAGGGUACAGGUUGAGUUCUAUGUAAAUGAAAACACCUUUAAAGAACGUCUCAAACUGUUCUUCAUCAAAAACCAAAGAUCAAGCCUAAGGAUACGGCUUUUCAACUUCUCCCUGAAGCUUCUCACCUGUCUUCUCUAUAUUGUACGUGUUCUGCUUGACAACCCAGCAGAGGGAAUAGGAUGCUGGGGAUGCGAAAAGCAGAAUUACUCAACCUUCAACCAGUCGUCUACAGAAAUAAACUGGGCUCCAAUCUUAUGGGUGGACAGAAAAAUGCCAUUAUGGGCAAUACAGGUUAGCGUAGCUUUAAUCAGCUUCCUAGAGACCAUGCUUCUCAUCUAUCUCAGCUACAAGGGAAACAUCUGGGAGCAGAUUUUUCGUAUUUCAUUCAUCCUUGAAAUGAUCAACACGGUGCCCUUUAUAAUCACAAUAUUCUGGUCCCCUUUACGGAAUUUGUUUAUUCCAGUUUUUCUGAACUGCUGGCUGGCCAAGUACGCCCUGGAAAACAUGAUAAAUGACCUGCACCGAGCAAUACAGAGGACGCAAUCCGCCAUGUUCAAUCAGGUGCUGAUUCUGAUUUGUACCCUGCUGUGUCUUGUUUUCACAGGAACCUGUGGCAUCCAGCAUUUAGAAAGAGCAGGUGACAACCUCUCCCUCUUCAAGUCCUUCUACUUCUGUAUUGUCACCUUCUCCACCGUGGGCUAUGGAGAUGUGACCCCAAAGAUCUGGCCCUCGCAGCUGCUGGUGGUGAUAAUGAUUUGUGUUGCCCUCGUCGUGCUGCCCCUCCAGUUCGAGGAGCUUGUGUACCUCUGGAUGGAACGUCAGAAAUCAGGAGGGAAUUACAGCCGCCACCGAGCACAGACAGAGAAACAUGUUGUCCUUUGUGUCAGUUCCCUCAAGAUUGACCUCCUGAUGGACUUUCUGAACGAGUUCUACGCCCAUCCCCGGCUGCAGGAUUACUACGUAGUGAUACUUUGUCCAACUGAGAUGGAUAUACAAGUUCGGCGGGUCCUUCAGAUUCCUCUGUGGUCUCAGCGAGUGAUAUAUCUUCAGGGGUCUGCAUUGAAAGAUCAGGAUCUCAUGAGAGCAAAGAUGGAUAACGGAGAGGCCUGUUUCAUUCUCAGCAGUCGAAACGAGGCGGACCGCACGGCCGCGGACCAUCAGACCAUCCUGAGAGCCUGGGCUGUGAAGGAUUUUGCGCCUAACUGCCCCCUCUACGUUCAGAUUCUAAAGCCUGAAAACAAGUUUCAUGUCAAGUUUGCGGAUCAUGUGGUCUGCGAGGAAGAGUGCAAAUACGCCAUGCUGGCUUUGAACUGCGUCUGCCCAGCAACUUCAACGCUCAUCACCCUGCUGGUUCAUACAUCCAGGGGCCAAGAAGGCCAGGAGUCCCCGGAGCAGUGGCAAAGGAUGUAUGGGCGCUGCUCAGGCAACGAAGUAUACCACAUCCGCAUGGGAGACAGCAAGUUCUUCAUGGAAUACGAAGGGAAAAGCUUCACCUACGCUGCCUUCCACGCACACAAAAAGUAUGGCGUCUGCUUGAUCGGCAUCAGGAGGGAAGAGAACAAGAGCAUCCUGCUGAACCCUGGGCCGCGGCACAUCAUGACUGCGUCUGACACCUGCUUUUACAUUAACAUCACUAAGGAGGAGAACUCUGCCUUCAUAUUCAAGCAGGAGGAGAAGCAAAAGAAGAAAGGGUUUUCAGGGAGAGGGAUCUAUGACGGCCCAUCCAGGCUGCCUGUUCACAGCAUAAUUGCAAGUAUGGGUACAGUAGCCAUGGACCUGCAGAACACGGAAUGUCGCCCUGUUAACAGCAGCAAGCUGACCCUGCCAGCUGAAAACGGAUCAGGUAACAGACGGCCCAGCAUUGCCCCGGUCCUGGAGCUAGCAGACAGCUCUUCCCUCCUGCCCUGUGAUCUGCUCAGUGACCAGUCAGAAGAUGAGAUGACUCAGUCAGAUGACGAAGGACUUACUGUUGUAGAAUAUGUGAAAGGCUACCCCCCGAACUCGCCCUACAUUGGGAGUUCUCCCACUUUGUGCCACCUUCUACCUGUAAAAGCCCCUUUCUGCUGCUUGAGGUUGGACAAGGGCUGCAAGCACAACAGUUAUGAAGAUGCCAAGGCCUAUGGGUUUAAGAACAAAUUGAUUAUAGUUUCAGCAGAGACUGCUGGGAAUGGCCUGUAUAAUUUCAUCGUUCCUCUCCGUGCAUACUAUAGGUCCCGGAAAGAGUUAAACCCAAUUGUAUUGCUACUGGACAACAAGCCUGAGAACCACUUCUUGGAAGCCAUCUGUUGUUUCCCCAUGGUUUACUACAUGGAAGGCACGAUUGAUAACCUAGACAGUUUGCUGCAGUGUGGGAUCAUUUAUGCUGACAACUUGGUGGUUGUGGAUAAGGAAAGCACAAUGAGUGCAGAGGAGGAUUACAUGGCAGACGCAAAAACAAUUGUCAACGUCCAGACCAUGUUCCGGCUGUUUCCAAGCCUUAGCAUCAUCACUGAGCUCACCCACCCAUCCAAUAUGAGGUUCAUGCAGUUCAGAGCAAAGGACAGUUAUUCCUUGGCCCUCUCCAAACUUGAAAAGAAAGAGCGAGAGAAUGGCUCCAACCUGGCAUUCAUGUUCCGGCUCCCGUUUGCUGCCGGCAGAGUGUUCAGCAUCAGCAUGUUGGAUACAUUGCUCUAUCAGUCAUUCGUGAAGGACUACAUGAUCACCAUUACGAGAUUGCUGCUGGGCCUUGACACCACGCCGGGUUCUGGCUACCUCUGUGCUAUGAAAAUCACUGAGGAUGACCUGUGGAUCCGGACAUAUGGCCGUCUCUUCCAGAAGCUUUGCUCUUCCAGCGCAGAAAUUCCCAUUGGGAUCUACAGAACUGAAUCACAUAUGUUCUCAACCUCCGAGCCUCAUGACAUCAGAACUCAGUCGCAGAUCUCAAUCAAUGUCGAGGAUUGCGAGGACACAAAAGAUGUCAAGGAACACUGGAACAUUAAGACAAGCCAUCACAGGAACUCCUGUUCGAGUGACCAGUCGGAGCACCCCUUGCUACGGCGUAAAAGCAUGCAGUGGGCACGCAGGCUGAGUAGGAAAGGAAACAAGCACUCAAGCAAAACAGCGGAGUGGAUCAGCCAGCAGAGGUUGAGUCUAUACAGGAGGUCGGAGAGGCAAGAGCUUUCAGAGCUUGUCAAAAACCGAAUGAAACAUCUGGGUUUACCUACAACUGGAUAUGAGGAUGUAGCAAAUUUAACAGCCAGUGAUGUGAUGAAUCGGGUAAACCUUGGAUAUUUGCAAGAUGAAAUGAAUGACCAUCAGAACACAUUAUCCUAUGUCCUGAUUAAUCCGCCACCGGACACACGACUGGAACUCAGUGAUAUAGUGUAUUUAAUACGAUCUGACCCUCUAGCGCAUGUAUCCAAUGACUCCCACAGUCGAAAAAGCAGCUGCAGUAACAAGUUGGACCCAUGCAAUCCUGAAACAAGAGAUGAAACGCAGCUCUAAACAACCUUGCCACUGACCAUGUCUUCUUCUCAUAUUGCUAAUGCAUGGAAUUGUAAGGGAAUUUGCUAUAAACUUUACCCAAAGGGAUGAAUUCUUUGGGGACAAAAAUGGAUUCCAGGUGGAAUACUGAAAAGACAAAGUCCAGUAAACAUUAAUUGUCAGUGGGUUCCAAUGCCCUGGCAGAUUCCUCCGCAUUGCACUAAGAAAAUGAAAUUCCCAACCUGGAUUCAAGCUGCUUAGAAAGGAAGCUCCUCAAACCUCGGAGUUAAAGGACAGCUGGCCAAAUAAAAGGCUCGAGGAUUCAUAGAGUUAUUUGUUUUUAACUUUUUUUUAAAAAAAUAUAUACCGCAACUAGUGAAACAGUCAUCGUCGGUACUAGCAGAUGUGUCUGAAGUGAACAGAGACUACCACUGAUUGACUAGAAGGAUUGGGCUGAAAAAACCCCCAAACACUGCAGGUCACAUUCAAGUGGAACGGGGAAGUGUUAGGGCAAGAGAGAAAAUGAUUAUGUAGCCUUUUUAUUUAUGUUUUCAAUGGUAUCCGUCCUGCUACAGGCUACCGCAUGUUCUUCAGCAUUCGUUGCCUUGUUUUCCAUUAUGGGGAAAGAGAGAGAGAUGGGGAAGGGAGAGAGGUGACUGAGCCAUCACUCACUUGAUUAGCCAUAUCCAGUUCUGGUACGAUAGCAAAUCGUACCAUUGGAAGCUCCAGCAAGCGGCUGAGGUGGGGCAAGAAACCCCUUAAUCUACAGGGCUGCUGGAAGUGUGUGAUUUGUCCUUAGGCACUGCGGCUUCAUGCCACAGUCAUUAAUCAUUCUGUCAAAAGGCUGUGCCAAAUCCACCGCUUCUUUUAAACUGGCAAAGGGAGGACCCGCCCUGUGCCAUUUAUCUGUAUUCAUAUCUACAUGGAAACGCUGGUCCAAUAGGCUAGUGCUGCUAGGCCCCCAGGCUCGCACCCACGCCAAGACUUUGCCACCUCACUGCAUAUCAAAUACCAGCUCUGUCUGGCAGGCAGUAUUAUAUAAACUGGCAACCGUCCUAGUCUAGCCAUACGUAGUUGAGGAUUAAAGUAUCCUGGAGGGCAAGAUGCAGUUUUACAAACAAGGCUGCUGUAUUAACACACAAGUUAGGAUAACCGAAGAAUCUCUUACCUAGCUAGAAGAUAAGUACAGCUUUAGUGCCAGCUGGAUCGAACGUGGCCAGCACCUGUCUUCUAAAUACUUCAUUAAAGCCACAAAGGGGGGGGGGGUCACUGUUGCCAUCGCCAAUUAGCACUGCAGGCCAAUGGAAUGGGGGCUAGGGCUGAGCUACAAUGCUUUACUUUACCUUUUCCUAAGCAGUUGGUUACAAAAGGCCAUAGGCCACUAACUGCCAUUUUAGGCACUAAGUCUGCUAUUAGUGACCCCCGGGCCCUCACAAAACUCCUGCUCAGCUGGUGCCACAACCUACUCGGUGCCUAAAUUUUCACUGUAAAAGACCCUACAUGCCUAGUAUUGUGCCUUGGAGCAUGUGUGCUGUUGCCUUGCUCUGGGGGGGGGCCUGGAUGCCUGUGCCCGUGCCCCCGCGCUAUUCACAAACCAGGGCAAGCGAGACAUUCCCUCAGCUCACUGGCCAGGCCCAAGCUAGUAGGUGCUCAGAGAGCGCCCAGCAGAGUGGCUCCCUGGCCACAGGACCUAGUGCUGCUGGCCCCCACAUUAUUGCUUAGCACACACACCUAACCUAGGAGACACCCCCCCCCCAGCUUCAAUCCCCGUCUCAGCUUGAUGGGGCAAAAGGCUUGGCACGGGGUGUGUUCUGACACUGAGCUAUGGGAUGGGGGGCGUCUUUUGCUCUCUUUUUGGUUGCAGCUCUUCCAUGCUGGAUAACUAUUUAGUGUCAUUGGUAGAAGGGAACUGGAUCUUGGAUCUCCCACCACUCAGCGGGGAGGCCCGAGGCAGCCAUCUCAAGCACAUGUGCUCAGUGGGCCAAUGCUUAUUUAAUCCCAAGUGGCCCAGGCUUUAACAAGCUAGAUAGUGGGAAACCCACAUGAGCAUGUCCCAUAGCUCAGAGGGUAGAACACUCCCCAGGGAGGUGGAAAAUCCAUGUUCAAACCCUUGCUCCCUACUAAGCAGAAGGGGGGAAUUAACCCUGGGGAAUGUGGGUCUCCCACAGCCUGGAUGAGGGCACUAAUCACUGGGCUAAACCAGGGGUAGCAGCAUCUCUGCCUGUAGGAGGGGGUUUGCGCCUGUGGCUUCCCAGCAGUGCUAGGUGCCUCAUUGCAGCCCAGACUUAGGCACUGACCUCCUUGAGAGAGGUGCGGGUCUAGGGCACCCUUCUCAUUGCUCUCUCCCAUUGACUAACCUCCUGCUCAGCAUGCCUGCUUUUGUGGACUCCACUCCUAGGUGCCUCUCUUUUCCCCGUCAUUGUAAUAGAGUGUCAAGGCUUCGAACCGGCCUUUGUGAUGCCCAGUGAUUUUUUUUUUCCCUAGAUGCUUAAAAGCGACCCUUGCAGUGCUCGACAGGCAAUGGCCAAGUCUCUGCAACUCUGGUCCAAAAUUUAGUCAAUAGGCCUCAUUUCAUAACUGAGAGUCCACGUCUACAAACACUAACACAUGUAGGUAGGUUAUGCCAGUGAGCUCAUGUCAUUACAGAACUAGGCCGUAAGAGAAAAUCUGGGGGCUCCAGGAGGGAGUUUGGGUGCAGGAGGGGGUUCAGGGCUGGGGCAGAGGG